AAAAAUAAGAUGCAGUCUAUAACAACCCAUCGACAGAAGCCUAACUUGCUCGUCAAGAAAAAAGAAAUCGGAAACAACUGCCGACUGAGAUCAUUAGUAGCUACCGCCACCUCUCAUUUGCGAUAACGAUUUGAAAGAUAAUGACUAGGAUUGCCUAUCUGUAUGGUGCAUUGCUGUUUCUACUGUCUCAAACUGGACUAUCGAUACAACAGUACUACGGCAACACCGUCGAAGAUACUCUCAAGAAAGAUGUUUCUUCUUCCGGUCCACAGGAUGACAGCUACGUCGUAGGGGUAGUGGAGUUUCGACCCGAACUUCUUAAUAUGAAUAUUCGCGAAAGAACGGCGAUGCACUUGGAAGUAUAUGAACAGUUUGUUCGAUCCGAUGAUGCGAAGCUAACGGAUUUGAUUGUGUUCCCUGAACUGGCCCUCAACACUCUAUCGGAUCCGGUUUACGUCCCGGACCCACAGGACAAACUUAUACCAUGUCGGCCCGACUCUCUGGAGUUAUUAUCCCGACUGUCCUGUCUAGCUGCUGAAGUAGGCAAGUACAUUGUGAUAAAUCUGUCCGAGAUCUUCGACUGUGAAUCUGUGCCGAUGGAAGACCCCCGACCAUGUAGCUCCCAUAGCUUCCACAGAUACAACACAGAUGUCGUGUUCGAUCGUAACGGAACCGUGAUAGCACGAUACCGCAAAUUUAACCUGUUUGGUGAAGUGGGUACCAACAUUACCCAUGUGCCGGAGAUUAUAACGUUCGAGACUGACUUUGGAGUGACGUUCGGGGUGUUCACCUGUUUCGAUCUGUUGUUUGCACAACCGACGCUAGAACUUAUCAAACGGAAUAUUAAAGACUUCAUUUUCCCAGCGUGGUGGACUUCGGAGCCCCCGUUCCUAACGUCAACGCAGAUCUUUGAGAGCUGGGCACACGCAAAUAAUGUCAACCUGAUUGCGUCCGGUACGAAUUACGAUCUGGACGGAAGUACGGGGACGGGUGUGUUUAAUGGUCGCAAUGGGGCUGUAUUUUCGUUCAUGACCGGAGAACCGACAAGGAAACUUUUCCCCGUUCGUGUACCGAAAAUCCAACGAAACGUUGCAGCAAAUCUCCCCUCCAAAGUAGACUCCAGCACCGUUACCGGUCGAUUGCAUGGAAAACUUCUCGAGAACAUUCGCAUGGGUCGAGACUUUCUGGAGCAGUUUACCACGAUGCAGAUCAACCCGAACCAGAAUCAUGACGAAAUUAGUCAAAUAAUUUGCAGGGGAGACUUCUGUUGCUUUUUCUACGUAAAACUGACCGUGAUUCUGGAUCGAAAUAUAACCCACUAUUAUCGGUUUGCAGCUUAUGAUGGUGUACGAACGUUUCAAGGACACGCUGAUGCACACAUUUCAACCUGUGGAAUUAUCGCCUGUCGCAACACUUCACUGGCCAGCUGUGGGCUGCCAAUGAACGAAAACUCCAACUAUCUGGAAUUCAACGAAAUUUCCAUUUUGGGAAAUUUCAUCGCCAACGGAACGCUGGUGAUGCCAAAUUCACUUGACGAUAUGUUGCACUCGUUGGACGCCGAUCGGUAUCAGUUCUAUUCGAGUGUCAACUAUUCAACCAACUCUCAGAGCGUUCAGCUCAAGCUCACAAGCACUGUAACCAACUUGCAGACGUUCGCUAUCUACGCGUUCAAUCACAAAGAUUUUGAGUUUUUCAGUCCAAUUCAACAACCGCCAGCGAAAACUUCGAUGGAAAGCCCGGUCACUGGAACCGAUAGUACCGGUAUAGCAUAAAAAAAACUAAAAUCCACGACUGAAAAAUAUUUGGUUCAAACUAGAAUAUGAUUUGUUCUACAACUAUUUCUUUUUUGGAAAAUUUUAUGAGACCGUCCUCUUAAAAUUUCUAAUUUGGAAACAAAUUAAUAACUCUUCCACUUUUCAACCGAUUUUGAUCAUAAAUAGGUCGUUGGAUGCGGAAUUAAGCGUUCUCCCCAAAAUUUCAAAGAUGCUUUCUAAUAAAAAUGUUGAGUAAUUUUCACGGUCAUUUCUUCUUCUUUCCAAAACAUUUAGAGAAUAGAAAAUUGAUUGUAAAACGACCUCGUAGAAAUUUGAGAAUCGUGAAAAAUAUUUUUUUUUGCAAUAAACCAAGAUUUUAAGGGUAUAUUAAACUCAUCGAACGUGGUUUUGU